AAUUUAAUUCCGGGUAGCUCGGUAUUUAACCUUAGUGGUGAGGUAACGAACUUUAUUAUUCGAAGUGGAAACAAGGGUUCUUUUAGCAAUGAUGCUACAAGUAAUGACGAUGUGAUAAUUGAAUAUUCGAGAGUUGAACAUGUCAUUCGAACUGUUUUUAUUCACUUUACUUCUGAUAAAGUAGACAAAGGAAUGGAGUGCUCCUUCAUGAAUAUCCCUGACAUUAUUCCAAAUUUCCACUUGGCAACUGUGCAUGCAUUUUAUGAUAUAGAUGUAUUAGGCUGCCCUGAAGGGAAAUUUGGCGGUAAUUGUCAAUAUGAGUGUUAUUGCCAGAACGGAGCAACAUGCCAUAUCUUCAAUGGUGCGUGCAAAUGUACCACUGGAUGGAAAGGAAUAGCCUGUGAUAUAGAUGUAGGAGCACCGGAAUUUGUGUUUUGUCCGCACAACAUCACGGCAUUAUUAGAUGAAGGGUCAUCGUCUACUGAAGUCACGUGGCCAAAGGUUGAAGUCAAUGACAAUUCGGGACUGUUGAAUCUGACAUCAAACCAUCAAGCACGCGAUGAAUUUAUCAUAGGAAUACACAACAUAUUGUACACAGCAGUAGAUAUUCAUGGAAAUACGGCCAUAUGUAGAUUCAGUGUAAAUGUGAAAGCGGUCAAUAUUGAAACAACGAAAACUGUUAUUGUAUCAUCAAUUGUGAUUUCACUCUUAUUGGUAGUGUUAGUUACUUUUGGGUUUGUUGUGUGUCUCCGAUACAGAAAGAAUAGACUAAUGUAUCCAUUACUAUUUGGUAGGUCUAAAGACGAUGAUAAUAAGGAAUGGGAUGCAUUUGUAGCUGUUAAAGGGGGUACGGAAGAUGAAACAUUUGUAUAUAAAGAAUUAUUGCACGAAUUAGAGGAAAAUAAUGAUUAUAAAAUAAAUAUUCAUCAUAGAGAUUUCACUCCUGGAAUACCUAUCGUUGACAAUAUACUUUACGCGAUUAAGAAUAGUCGACGGACGAUAUUGAUAUUAUCUCCAGAGUUUGUCAGAAGUGAAUUGUGCAAUUAUGAAGUUGAUCAAGCUAAAUUUGAAUUGUUUGGAUUACGCCAUUAA